UGGGUAUAUAUACCAUUUGAAAAUGUAAGUAAAUCAUUAGUUUCAAUUACUAAAUUAUAAUAUCAACAUGAACCGUUACUUUGUUGCCGCUUAUUUCGCCGUCAUCUUGGCUGUUGUUAACUGCAGUAUAUAUGGUGGUUUAAGUAACGUGGGUUAUGGACUUGGAGGUUAUGGCUCAGUUAUUAGUCCAUUGGGUUACGGUUCACCAAUUGUCAAUCCAUACGGUAUCAAUUCAUAUGGUCUCAGCCCACUCCGCUUAGGAAGAGCUAGUUCCGCAUCUGCAGCAGCUGCUGCUUCUGCUUCUGCCAGUGGAAAUCGCGGAUAUGGUGUACCUUUGGGCUAUGGUGGCUUGGGUUCAAUUUAUUAGGCUGUGAUCAAUGAACUAUUUCGACAAAUGAGAAUAAUAAAAUCCUUGAAUUAAAAUAAAUAA